AUGGAGUUCCUCCCCACCCUCCAGUCUGGCGUCGACGACCUCAAGCCGUCCCUCUUCGAGCUCCUCUCCGAACAGCAACUCUCCGCCCUGCUGCCCCCCUCGCUGCGCUACCUCCUCGCCGUCGCCACCCCGCGCUACCCGCGCUACCUGCUGCCCGUGCUCAACUCGUUCGAUGAGGUCUACGCGCUCGUCAUGCUGCUGGUCGAGCGCCACUUCCUGCGCACCUACGGCGGCUCCUUCACCGAGAACUUCUACAGCUUGAAGCGCGCCCGCGUCCUGCGCGUAAAGGGCGGCGAGAUACCGCGCGCGCAGAUGGGCGCGAGCGAGAGCGUGAGGGAGGCGGUCAAGCUGAGCAGCGGCGAUGUGUGGAAGAACCUCGCCGUCCUGGUCGGCUUGCCGUGGCUGAAGCGCAAGCUGGACGAGAGCUACGACAUCCACGCCGCACACUCCAACCUGCUCGGGCCCGCGUACAACCGCGACCGCGACCGCCCGCAGAGUGGUGCCAGCGUGAAGCAGCGCCUGAUGUUCGGCUACAAGUGGUUUCUGCGCAACAUCUAUCCGAGCGUCAACGCGGCCUACUACUUCUCGCUGCUCGUCUUCAACAUGGCCUACCUCUUCGACUCGACCAAAUACCACUCCCCCUUUCUGUGGAUGAUAGGCACCCGCAUACGGCGCCUGGGCGGUGCAGACCACGCCGCCAUCGAAGCCCUCUCACAGCCGCGAAAGACGGGUCCCGCGAGGCCCGGCGAAGGAGGCAGCCUGUUCUCGCCGCGCAAUCUCGCAAGAAGCGUCCAACCACGGCUCCUCAGCUCCCUGAAGAUCCUGCUCCCCACAAGCAUCUUCGCACUGAAGUUUCUCGAGUGGUGGCACGCCUCCGACUUCGCCCGCCAGCUGUCACGCAAAUCAGCAGAGAACGUGGAGCUGCCACCGCCCAUACUACCCUCGCUCCCUCCCGCCGCGAAGGAGCAAAGCUCAAAAUACACCUCUACGACAGACCACAGGAGCAAACCAAGACCCAUCGACCCCCCAAUCGCCGCGUCCACACUCCUCCCCAUCCUCACCGUCCCGCUCCCUGCCGACUCCACACUGUGUCCCAUCUGCAGCACCCCCGUCACAAACCCGACCGCGAGCCCCACAGGCUUCGUCUACUGCUACACGUGCAUCCACCGCUGGGUCCAAGGCGUGCACGACCGGCAAGUAGCCUUCAUGGAGGGCGCGGCGGGCUUUGCACGAGAAGACGGUGCCGGCGAGGUGGAAGUAGAAGAGUGGAGCAAAGAGGAAGGCAGUCGCGAGGGCCGGUGGGAGAGCGGCCAAGGCCGAGACGCAGUGACAGGGCGGAAAGUGCUUGGUGGAACCGAAGGGUUGCGAAGAGUUGUGGUGUGA